CACCAUGCUCUGGGGCACUGCCAUGGUCUCUACCUACGAGUACCUCAGUACGUGGCUUCUUUCCUCCUUUACUCCUUUACCUGAUGUAUACACCUCCUCACAAACCAACCUAUGCCAGCACCAUGCUCUGGGGCACUGCUAUGGUCUCUACCCACUAAUACCUGAGCACGUGUCCCCCUUCGCCACUCCCUCGACCCAAUUCUUUUGUCCCUCCUCCCCAAACCCUCCGCCCUGCACCCUACCCAUUCGUGACACAUUCUUGCAUGCCGUGAACGCACCCGUGGAUGUCUGA